UCUGUGACCCGCGGCGAGGCAGCACGGCAGACGGCAGAGCAGCAGCGCUACACGGCGAGGGACGCGCGCCGAGCUGGUUCGACACUUGUCCGCAGCGGAGCAGCACCAUGCAGCGGGCACUGGUUCUGGCGGCGCUGCUGGCGACGGUGCUGCUACACGGCGGGCGCGCGGCGAACCAGCUGCAGCUGCGGUUCCAGUGGACCUCGCCAGAGUUCGUGUUCGCCAGUGAGGCGGCCAGACAAGCCUCGCUGGCCGCCGGCACUUACGUCCCCGGCAGCCCCUUCCUGCUGGACGUGGACGUGUGGAGCGCAGGCCACGACGAGAAGGUGCUGGUGACACUGCCCCGCCUGAAGCCCGGCACCCCAGCCACUCUCGCCACGGUGGCCGUGCGGCCAGGCGCUGCCGUGGACUCCGGCCCGCUGCUGUUCCCCUACCCGGACUGGACCUGGAACCACCAGGGGCACUGCGACGCCAUCACUUCUGUCUUCAGGGUCAAGAUCGAUCCAUGUGGACGCCUGUGGGUGAUCGACUCCGGAGUGGUGGACAUUGUGACCGACUUCAAGCGGAUCUGCCCACCUCAGGUGCUGGUGUUUGACGUACGCAGCAACAAGUUAGUGAAGCGCUACCGCAUCCCAGAAACAGACCUGGAGGACGAAUCACUGCUCAUCAACAUCGCAGUAGAUAUACGCGACCUCGACGGAAAGUGCCGCGAUGCAGUCGCCUAUAUCGCCGAUGUGACAGAGAACAGUCUCAUUGUUUAUGAUGCCAACAAGAGCCGAUCCUGGCGUGUUAACAGCAACCUGUUCUACCCUUACCCUUCGGCGGGAUUCUUCACCAUCAGCGGCGAGUCAUUCGACUUGAUGGACGGCUUGUUCGGGCUGGCUCUGGGCCCCAUCGUGCGCGGCGACCGGACCCUCUACUUCCACAGCCUGGCCAGCUACCGCGAGUCCUGGGUGCGCACGUCACUCCUCAGGAACGAGUCGCUGUUCCAGAACGACGUGAACUCGGUGGCAAGGCAGUUCCAGGAGUCACCCGGAGAGCGACCCUCUCAAACAGCCGCCACAGCCAUGAGCGAAGAUGCUGUGCUGUUCUUCAACUUGUUGUCCAGGAACACCCUGGGCUGCUGGAACUCCCGUCUGCCGUACACCAGCUCCAACCUGGUGCAGCUCGUGAGGGAUGACGAGGCGCUGCAGUUCGUGAGCGGCAUGAAGAUAGUGCGGGACAGGUCUGGGCGGGAGGUGCUGUGGGCGCUCUCCUGCCGCUUCCAGAGGCUCAUGACCGGCUCCUUCGACCCCGCGGAGGUCAACUUCCGCGUGCUGACGGCACCCGUGGCCGACCUGGUGCGGGGCACGAACUGCGGCCGGGCCUCCCUUGCGGAGCACGCCCCCCGACCAGCUGGCGCCGGAGGGGGGUACCGCCCCAUCGCUUUCCCCAACUGACUGGCGGCGCUGGGCGACGACCACGCCGGGGCCUCCACGUCUCGCUCCGGCCACAGCUCGCACUUCUUCAGCGCCAGCAACAGCAGCUCCGCCUGGUGGUUCUUGCGCACUGGCAAUGCGACCAUUAGCGUCGGAGUGCUGUGAAGGUCGCUGCCCAGCCGAUAGACAUAUGUACAAAAUUUGCCUGUGCAUGUGUGGUAAACAAGCAUUUAUUUACAAGUAAAUUUAACUACAAGAAUUAUAGAAAAA